CGUCACGGUUUUUCCGUCAGUUUGUUCCGCGUGGCCCCAUCCCCACCGCCCCACCCCUCCAAUCGGUUCCUCCGCCCCACGUCGCGGUCAGUUUCCCCGAUGCCGCUCCGCCGCCCAGCUCGCGAUUUGUCGGCCGUUCUUCCGUCGCCGAUACUGGGCCUGGCGCCGCCGGCGAGCCUCUGCGUGCCCCCGCAGUCAAUCCAACGCCCUCCCGUUCCUGACGCCGCUCACUCCUCCCGUCGCCGGGUUUCCCGAAGCCGCUCCGCUGCCCAGCUCGCGAUCCGUCCGCCGUUCCUCCCCUCGCCGAUCCGGGGACUAGCACCGCCGGCCAGCUCCUGCAUGUGCCCGCAGUCAAGGCGACGACCUCUCGUUCCCGACGCCGCUCACUCCUCCCAUCGCCGUUCUGGGAGACCGAUCUGCCGUCGAUCCUCCUCCGGCCUACCUUCUGAUCAGGAGGUGCUGCGUCACCAUCUACCCGUGCUAGAGAACUGCCGAAGGAGAGAAGGGAAGGCAAGGCAAGGCAGCCUCUAUCUGGCUCAGAGGAAGAGCUCCCGAGGCCUCAAGAUGCACGCAGGGAUAAGGUUCGUGGCGGGGCAGAGGAAGAGCUCCCGAGGCCUCAAGAUGCACGUAGGGAGAAGGUUCGUGGCGGGGCAGAGCAGGCCAGCUCCAAGCCUCCAAGAUCGCAUUAGAGCAGAUUGGUCAGAACCAAAAAGCUUGACUUUUUUUUUGCAUUAUGGAUGACUUCCAAACAAGCUAUCAGAUGAUGUUGAAGGCUGAAAGAUCUCGACAGAAGUGUGGUAGACAUCCAUUUGCAUGCCUGUGAUGUAAUCCUUUCUAAGCCUUCUAGCAUCAUAUGCUUGUGCCUGAUGCAGGUGAAGGCUGGUGAACACAUGCUAUUCCGUUCCUUCAUUUGUAUGGCAAUCAUUGGCUUGAUUCUAGAUUUAAGAUAUGUAUCUACAAUGAGAUAACGACAUUUGCAAAUAAAAGUCUCUAAUGCUGAGAAUUUUACUCAAGUUGCAAAA